UCCGAAGGUGUUCAGAGAGAUCGUGGACAGACAUUGCCUCUUUCCAUCUGUAAUGAGAAAUGUCCUAUUGGCCACAGCAAGGUCAAAGUGGAAGGGAAAUUAUCCUGCUGCUAUGACUGUAGACAGUGUCCAGAAGGGAAUAUAGCUGACCAAAUGGACUUAGAUGAUUGUUUCCCAUGUCAAGAGGAUCAAUAUCCAAACAAGGGUCAAGAUAAUUGCCUUCAAAAAACUAUAACUUAUUUGACUUUCCAAGAGCCUUUGGGUACUUCCUUGGUAAUGAUUGCAGUCUUCUUCUCUGUCAUUUCAACUAUGGUGCUAGGAAUCUUCAUAAAACACCAGGACACUCCGAUUGUCAAAGCCAACAACAGGAAUCUCAGCUACACACUUCUCAUUGCUCUCCUGCUCGCCUUCCUUUGUACUCUGCUCUUCAUUGGGCAACCUGACCAAAUGAAAUGUCUCAUGAGACAAACUGCUUUUGGCAUCAUGUUCUCUCUAGCUCUUUCUUGUAUUUUGGGUAAAACAACCAUAGUAAUUCUUGCUUUCAUGGCCACCAAGCCAGGUUCUAAAAUGAGGAAAUGGGUGGGGAGAAGGAUGGCCAGUAUAAUUGUCCUAUCUGUCUUCAUGGCUCAGUUCACCAUUUGUAUAGUGUGGUUGGCAAUUUCUCCCCCAUUUCCAGAUUCAGACAUGCAUUCCAUGUCUGGAGAAAUUGUCCUGGAAUGUAAUGAAGGUUCAACCACAAUGUUUUAUACUGUCCUAGGCUUUUUGGGGUUGUUGGCUGCUGUCAGUUUCACAGUUGCCUUCCUAACUAGGAAUUUACCUGACAGCUUUAACGAAGCCAAAUUUAUCACCUUCAGCAUGUUGGUCUUUUGCAGUGUCUGGGUGUCUUUUGUUCCCACUUAUUUGAGUACAAAGGGGAGAUAUGUGGUUGCUGUAGAGAUUUUCUCCAUUUUGGCUUCUGCAGCUGGAUUACUGGGCUGUAUCUUUUCCCCCAAGUGCUAUAUCAUUAUUCAGAGGCCUGAUUUGAAUAAGAAGGAGCAACUAAUAAAGAAAUGAAACUGAUAUUAAUACUAGAUCCCUUAAAUGAACUAAAUUGGUUACUUUCAGCCAGUUUUGUUUUUAUUUUUGCAAUUUAGGGCAGUAACCUGAUAUAUAGAGAUGUAGAUAUAUAUUGCACUCAUCCUAUGAAACCAUGACAUAUACUGUAAUGCAGCAUUUUUUUAUUUUUAAUCUUAAAUUAUUCUGAUUUUAAUGUUGAUUUUAUUGAUUAUUUUAUACACCACUCAGGUCUGCUGUCUGAAGGAGACAGGUGAUUAAGAAAUAUGUAAGUAAGUAAGUAAGUAAGUAAGUAAGUAAGUAAGUAAGUAAGUAAACAAAAAAACAAACAAACAGAUUUUUGUCUUGCUCUCCAUAAAGCUAACUAUGAAAGGAAGAGAACCAAGGAAUUUAGAGAGUACCUGGAAAGUAAACACACAGAGAAUCUAUGUGAUUUCAAUCUCUUGUUCAAUGUACAUGAAGUUUUCUUCUGCAUAAGCAUUCUUUGUAAUUACCAGGACGUAGAUAGCCACAUCUAACCUAGCAGUCCCUAACAUUUUUAGCUCCUGGGGCUGGUUUUUGGGUUGAAUGUCUUCCAUGGACCAUUGCAGAAAGGAAUGGCUUCAUGCUCAUGACCUAGAUCCCUCACAUAUGAAGAUGAAACUCACCCCCCCCAUUUCCAUGCCCUGGUUUCCAGCAGGCCUGGGGAUUGGAGACUGCUCUGCUAAGCAGCGACUGAUAAUCUCUCCCAAAUUCAUUUCAGAAUCUAGAGAUUUUUUCUGCAUCUUUUUUUUGAAACAUCAGAUAAUUAUUCCGAGUUCUAUUCAGAAUAAAUGAGAACAGCUAAUCAAAGAGAGAAUUUUAUCUAACCAUUGAUUUUGAAAAUUAUAAGGUAUAUUUUUCUCAAAAUGAUUCAUUUUGAAGCCCAUAUG